AUGUCUUUUUUAUACACUCAACCCCUAGAUUGUUCUCUGUUAAACGUUUGGCUAGACCAAAACCAGGAAGCUGACUUUAGUCAAAAUCCUCAUAUACAACCUUUACUCAAAUUCUCCCCAAACAAUUUCCGUUUGAGAAGGUGGAAUCUUACUGAACAACUUGAUUACGAUCCAAUAUACGACGGAUGGGAGGAAAAAAUUAACCGAAAAAUUCCGACCGUUGGAUACAGCGACCUUGUCCGGUUUGUAUUAUUGUAUAGAUAUGGUGGAAUGUAUGUUGAUGCUGAUGUUCUCUUCCUACGUGAUAUGAGACCUGUUUAUCACCUUGAUCAAGAAUUUGCUUAUCGUUGGAGUUUCUGGCUUAAUUACAAUACUGCCAUUCUACGUCUAAAUGCAAAAAGUGAGACCGUACGUACCGUUGUCGAAAAUGCUAUGCAGCACAAGAUGAAUUUCCAUCCGUUCCAGAUAAAGUAUUAUCUUAUCAAAAAGCAAAUUGUUGUCAAGCAGGACUUGGACAAGUAUCUUUACAUGAUGCCGACAACAUUAUUUGAUCCACUAUGGCUAAAAGUUGAUUUGCAAUUAUCCAACCAAGUCACAAAACCUAAUAUAAAUUAUUUCUACGAUACUUAUAAAUCAAAUGUGGCUGAUGACGAAUUCCCUUCUGGCCAUCAGGCUACCACUUCUAUGAGGAAUAAGAAAGAAUUUUUCAGAGGUGCUUUUACUUAUCAUUGGCAUAACCAAUGGGAAAGUGCGAUUCCUUAUCAUUCUUGGUUCGGAAUUUUACAAAAAGGAUACGAUGAAUUUAUAAAUGGUCAAUCUCCAAAUAUGUACAAUGAAUAUAUAAAUGAAUUUCAUGAUGAGAUAUUUUAG